AUGGGUUCGAUGCUUCGAAUAGCGAUAGUCUCUGCGAAUAUCCUCCUGGCACUUUUUAUAUUUCAAAAUGGAUUUUUAUUAAAACGACAAGAGAUUUCGGCGACAUCCAGUUGCUCCGAUGCUCAUGCUCAGCCGGGAGAGACGUGUUGGAUGAGCCAACAGUAUAAUAGGACAAUCCUAAUUCUCGUCGAUGCUCUUCGCUAUGAUUUUCUCAUUCCGCUCGACAAACCAAAGAGCUCAGAAUCGCCGGAAUGGUUUUAUCAAGGACAAAUGAAGGAAGUCGGGAAACUGAUAAAAUCUGGAAAAGCGUCAAUUGGAACACUGCUGGCUGAUCCACCAACAACCACUCUGCAAAGAUUGAAGGCUCUAACCACUGGAACCCUUCCAACUUUCAUCGAUGCCGGUGACAAUUUCUCGCCGGACGCUGCUGUAAAUGAGGACAGUUUCAUCUAUCAAGCAGCUCAACUUGGCAAAAAUGUCACACUUUUUGGAGAUGAUACUUGGCUUUCCCUAUUUCCCAACAAAUUCUCCAAAUCGGCAGCUUACGAUUCAUUUGAUAUCAAUGAUUUGAAUAGUGUAGAUGAUAAAAUAGCUCCCAAACUUGAAGAAGAAGUCAAAUAUUCUGAAUCCUCCUCAAUCAUAAUUGCUCAUUUUUUGGGAGUUGAUCAUUGUGGACACAAGUUUGGACCAUCCCAUCCGGUUAUGGCGGAUACGUUAAGGAAGAUGGACCGAAUAAUUUCAAAAACCGUCGAAUCAAUGAAGCCCACGGAUCUUCUUAUCGUGAUCGGAGAUCACGGAAUGACGUCCACCGGAGAUCAUGGUGGAGAAUCAGACAAUGAAAUUCGAGCAGGGAUUCUGGUUCACUCCAAAAAACACGAAAUUCAGCUACCCAAAACUUCCAUUCAUCAAAUCGAUAUCUACCCAAAUUCGAAAAUGGAAUUGGGAGGCCCAUUAAAAGGGAAAUCGUUGGGACGAUAUCGAUUUGAUGAAUGGAAGUUUUGGGUAGCUGAAUUUAGUGUUUUUUGGAGUGAACCAGAAUCCCUGCUCGAAUUUCAUUGUCUGAUUCUCCACCAUGAUCUCCGAUUUGCUGAAACCUACGCCAGUCAGAAAAACUUUGGAGAACUUCACUCUCACACCGCACGAGAUUCAAACACCAUGGAGGAACAAAUCAAAACAAUGUCCCGUAUCCAAACACUCCUUCGCGUCGCAUGGACACAAUUCGACGACGCCUACAUCAACGUCGGCCUGUUUUCUCUGAUCGAAGCCGUCUUUUUCCUGAUUACCAACGAGGAAAUGUCAGCUGGAUGGAUCAUUUAUCGAACUGGAUGCGCACUUCUUCAAGCUGCUCUUCUGACAGAUAAGACUGAUUCAGAUGGAAGUGCGAGGACGAUGAUUCUGAUGGCUCUCGCUGUCUCGUGCCUCUCUUCGACGAUAUCUCUCGCUCAUCGAGCGCUUCGGAUUUCUCUAAACUCGAUAGUGUCUGCUAGAGUGAUUGGUAAGAAAAAAGAAUGA